CGCCAAAUCCCAUCUCUGUAAACGACACCCCACCCAAAACCCUUGCUCUCUCUAAAACUAAAUUAGAGACACAGUUCUGUGCAAACCAACAAUGGCUUGUUCUUUACAUUCUUCCAUCUCAAUCCGAGUUCCAGAACUCAAUCACAAAAAGCUGCUUAAGAGCUCGAUUAAUACAUCUUUCCGACGUGGGUUAAGGGUUUGUGCCGUUUCUAAUAAUAAUACUACUACUAUAUUGGAAGCUGCUAAGUAUAUACCUGCUGCUCCAAUUCUUCUCCCCGAAGGCCCAUGGGAACAGAUCCCUGGUGGAGUAACAGCGGCAAAAGGAUUUAAAGCUGCUGGUAUGUACGGUGGAUUGCGUGCAAAGGGUGAAAAACCAGACCUUGCACUCGUCACUUGUGAUGUUGAUGCCGUUGCUGCAGGGGUAUUCACUUUGAACGUGGUCGCAGCUGCACCAGUGCUAUACUGCAGAAAUGUAUUGGACAUUUCAAAAACGGCACGAGCAGUUUUAGUAAAUGCUGGUCAAGCAAAUGCAGCAACAGGAGACUUGGGUUACCAAGAUGUUAUAGAAUGUGCAUCUGCUGUUGCUAAGCUUCUCCAACUGAGGCCAGAAGAGGUGUUAAUCGAAUCAACUGGAGUGAUUGGGCAAAGAAUAAAGAAAGAUGCUCUUCUCAAGUCUCUCCCAAGUCUGAUCAAAUUGUUGUCGUCAACCACUGAAGGUGCUGAUGCAGCAGCUGUGGCAAUAACAACCACUGACCUUGUCUGCAAGAGUGUGGCUGUUGAAACUGAGGUUGGGGGUACAAAAAUAAGGGUUGGGGGCAUGGCCAAAGGUUCUGGAAUGAUCCACCCAAAUAUGGCAACCAUGCUUGGUGUCGUAACUACUGACGCACUAGUUACAAGUGAUGUCUGGAGAAAAAUGGUGAAGACUGCAGUAAAUCGGAGUUUCAACCAAAUCACAGUAGAUGGAGACAGUAGUACCAAUGAUACUGUUAUUGCAUUGGCUAGUGGAAUAUCUGGGUCAACCGCAAUUAGUUCUCUGGAUAGUUUUGAAGCAACACAACUUCAAGCAUGCCUCGACGCAGUCAUGCAGGGUCUUGCAAAAUCAAUUGCAUGGGAUGGAGAAGGAGCUACAUGCUUGAUUGAGGUCUCAGUAACUGGGGCCAACAAUGAAGCUGAUGCAGCAAAGGUUGCACGUUCUGUGGCAGCUUCUUCCCUUGUCAAGGCGGCAGUGUAUGGCAGAGACCCAAAUUGGGGGCGAAUUGCUUGUGGUGCUGGAUAUGCUGGUGUUCCAUUUAGUCAAAAUGAGCUUCGCAUAGCACUUGGAGACAUUCUGCUCAUGGAUGGUGGACAACCACUUCCAUUUGACCGCAAUGCAGCCAGUGAUUAUCUCAAGGGAGCAGGAGAGACCCACGGAACUGUAGAGAUUCACAUUUCCAUUGAUGGCCUCAUAAAUUAUUCUGAAAUGCGACAAGAAGACCCCACCUCGGCCUUAAUAUUUGCGUUUGUUACACGUGCAGGAAAUGGGCAAGGAAGAGGACAAGCAUGGGGAUGCGAUCUAAGCUAUGAUUAUGUCAAGAUAAAUGCAGAGUACACCACAUAGACAACAUGGAGACGAUGUGCUUUAUGUGUUGUAAGAGGAGUUUUAUCUGUGUUAUUUUUAAAUUCAGUAAACAUUAUCAGCAAUGUAAUUGAGGUCUUCAACUUUGCUGUUGUAGUGACUUUGCUGUUUCUUCAACUUCAUGGUCUUAUACGUCAUUAUGGCAAUUGCAUAUUCUGGUCAAAUUAAACAAA